AUGACGAUCAGCAAAAACAGUAAGAUGCUCCAGUAUUUGAACUACAGGAUGCGAAUCCAGCUUCAAGAUAAUAGGAAUUUGAUUGGAACGAUGAAGGGAUUUGAUCAGCAUAUGAAUUUAGUGCUCGCAGAUUGUGAAGAAAUCAGACGAAUUAAAAACCGCGAUGAAAAGAGGGUUUUAGGCUUUAUUCUGCUCAGAGGUGAGCAUGUAGUAUCACUAAGUGUUGAAGGUCCACCGCCUCAAGAAGAUGACAGAAGUAUUCCCACCCAAAUGGCUGUACCAACCGCUGUGUCCGGUGUAGGUAUGGGUAGGGCAGUUGGGCGAGGUUUACCGACACCUGUAGUACCUAUGGGUCCACCAAGAUAUUAG